AUCAUCACCUACAAAAUAUAUAUGUGAAUCACUUAUAACCACCCACCUAUAGUUUAAUAAAUGUUCCUGGUGCACUGCAUUAGGGAAGCCCAUUCAUUUGAAACCUUAGAACAGUAUGAGUAUGUGCUAGGAGCAGGCAAGGGGGGACUGACCAUUGGGGAACUCAGGCACUGCCCGAGGGCCUAGGUUCAGGAGGGGGCCCUGUGAGAGGCCCCUGGAGCCUUUCAUAGGCUUUUUUGGGUGUGGUUUGAGUGUGGGCGAGGACACAGGGGCCCCAUGAUCCCCUAUUACCCGGGGAUCCCAU